CACCCCCACAACCCUUUUUUCUCGUUGAAUCAAGAUUUUGACAAUAUUAAGUUUGUUUUACCUUAUGUGCAUUUGGUGUAUAUUAAAUUAGCUUUCUACUUAACCAUUUUGAAAAUUGCAGAAUAGCUGUAAAUCUAAUGGCCUAAUUUGUAUUUUGGAAUGGUUCUAAUAGCAAGUAGGUUGAUUUCAAAUGUAGAAAAUUGGCAAUUUGGAAGGGGGCUUCAAAUGUUGGACCGAUGAGGCUUAUUUCUGAUGACAAAAAAUAAAAAAAACAAAAUGUUCCUUUUGUCAGAAGAAAUCGCAUAUUUGAAUAUGGAAAAAUUGGGUGCAAACAAGUAUCUUUGUAUUGGCUAAGUUCACAAACUGGAGAUACAUGAGUCGUUGUUGGAGUUUAGUUUAUGUCUGUGUCUGAGCAUAGAUUACGUUAGUGUCACAAUGACUGUUGCUCACUUGAAGGUAUUUGUGUCAAAUUUGAAUUGAGAGAGGUGAUAAAUUAGUAGGCAAACUAACACUCCAAAUGGUGAAAGAAUCGCCCCCACUCUAUCUCGAUUGGAUUAAUGAGGGAUUUUUUUAUGGACCAGUCUCUCACACAUUUCCCUCUCUCACACAUUUCCUUCUCUUACAAAGCUUGGCAGCAUUCAACUCUCUCCUAUGUCCUCUAAUUUUCUUCUACUUCAUCCUUCUUCUUCGAACACACCUAACAGCAAUGGACUCUCUUAUUUAUCCUUUUACAAAUUUCGUCCAACCGGGGUAGAAGCAAGUAUUGACAUUAAAAUAUACCCAUUUUCUUAAAAGUCUAUUUACACUUCUAUUACGGCCAAUCCAAUUUUGAAAUCUCUCCGCAACCCUCCAAAAUUGGUCUUCGAAAAUUUUGAGAAUCUGAAAAAAUCGAGACCACCAUUUUCGUGUUGUCUACAAAUUGAAUGUCGAGGCAAUUUGUUUCAACAUAAGUGGCUUUUCGACCGCAAGACCAAGGGACGCGCCGUCGCGGAUAAAGACAUAGGCAACAAAUUCACCGCUGAGGACAUCGUGCAUACCGUUGAUUAGUCGGUACAAAAAGCCUUAUAUCAGCUUGAUUGAUGGUAUUACAAUGGGCUUUGGGAUUGUUCUAUCUGGUCGUGGUCGGGACAGGAUCAUUACUGAGAGAAUUGUCCUUGCCAUGCCAGAAAAUGGAAUUGGCUUGUUUCCAGAUGUUGUUUUUGCAUAUAUAGCUGCACAAAGUCCAGGAGAAGGAGCAGUAGUUCGGAGUAACCAGAUCAGGAAAUCAAAGCGCUGCUGGAACAAUAUAGCACAAACCCAGUCUGAACCUCGUUUGAAGUUGCUUUUACCUCAGAUAAUUUCAACUUUUGGCGGUAAUAAGUCUGUUGAGGAGAUAAUGAACGAGCUGGAAAAACAUCAGGAAAGUGCCGAUACCUUGGGUAAGAUAGUGUCAACUGCACAUGUUUUGUUGUGCGAGUGUUGGAUAUUUCUGUUCCUUGAUGUUAAGAAAACAUAUUGAACAUCAUAUUGCCCUGGUAGCAAAUUGAUCCCCAGCCUUUCAUUAUCGUUGCACUAGUAGUCUGAUAUGGAAACCGUUCCGAACACCAUUAAAAUGUCACAUGCCCUGACAUCUUCAACUUUGUAAAGUUAGGUUUUGAUUCCCAAUUUGGACUGAUGCCUAGAAACUUUUAGUGAGACAUUUCCAGGACCAUGUGAUUACAUAACAAAAUGACUUGGACAGUUUCUGUUAUCGUGAAUUGGUUGUGCAACUAUAAUGGAAGGUCAGGGUCCAACUUCUUGUUGGGGGAAUAGAUUGGUGACGAAUUGUGCAAUUUCCUCUGUUGAUUAUAAUCCUUAUUGCUAUUUUCCAUUGUUUUCUUGGCAGUGGCAGAGUGGGCAAAGGAUGCCUUGCAAGGGUUCAGAAAAGGAGCAUAUUUUUCGCUUUGCCUCGCUCAAAACCAUUUCACAAAAGUUGCUUCUGCAAGAGGAAAAAGUAACCAUGAUUUGUCUAAGGUGAUAAAUUUGUCCUACUCUU